AUGGUCAAACCCCUCACAUUUAAAGGCGACAAACCUAAAAAGCGCAAGCAGCGCGAUCCAGACAGCGAAAAGGCGCCCAAGACUCGCAAAACAGACGCGCCUGAAGCCGACGACAACCCGGAAGACCAAAGCUGGGUCUCGGCCGACGCACCCAGCGACAUUGCUGGUCCGAUCGUGCUAGUCCUGCCUUCCGACGAACCAACAUGCGUUGCAAGUGAUGCGAACGGAGUGGUCUUUGCUAGCGUUCUCGAAAAUCUGGUCGAAGGUGACCCUGGGACAGCGGAACCGCACGAUGUGCGACAGGUAUGGGUUGCGACGAAGGUUGCGGGCACGGAGUCAUUUAGCUUCAAGGGACAUCAUGGGAAGUACUUGAGCUGCGAUAGCCACGGUCUUUUCAGCGCGACGGCCGCCGCCGUGAGCCAUUACGAAUCCUUCAUUGCGAUCCCGUCCCCUGAUAUCCCCGGCACAUUUUCUUUACAAACACGCGGCGGUGACUCCGAGACUUUCUUGUGUGUCAAGGAGAGUGCGAAGGCGUCGGGGGGUGUUGAAAUACGUGGUGAUGCGACUGCGAUCUCCUUUGACACGACUUUGCGAGUUCGGAUGCAGGCGCGGUUUAAGCCGAAGCUGAGGGCAAAUAAGGAAUCCAAGGCAUAUGAGAAAAUCAGUAAGAAGGAGUUGGAAGGGAUUGUCGGGAGGACCUUGAAUGAGGAUGAGGUGAGGAGGUUACGAAAGGCAAGGAAAGAGGGCAAUUUCCAUGAAGAGAUGCUUGACAUCAAGGUCAAGGGCAAGCACGAUAAAUUUGCUUGA